AACGGAUCGGGGACCCACCGGCUAGUUGGCUCCCCUCACCCCACAUCGUGUACGCUAAAGGCGGAUCACUGGACCUUCCAUGAUUUAAAUGUACGGCAGUCCAAUGAGGCUUCUGUGCCUAAUGUCCCUCUAGGGGCCAGCUGUCCUGGAGUUACCAAAAGCAGUGAAAUGGACCCCAAAGCCGAAGGGUCGCAGGUGUGGUCUCCAUCUGCUGAACAUGAACAGAACACUGCCCAGGUGCACUUUGUUCCUGAAGGUGGAACAGUAGCUCAGAUUGUGUAUGGUGAUGAUCAGGACCGUCCAUCCCAGCAGGUGGUUUACACAGCAGAUGGGGCUUCUUAUACUUCAGUGGAUGCUCCAGAGCACACCCUAGUUUAUAUUCAUCCUGUGGAAGCCACACAGACUCUGUUUACAGACCCAGGUCAGGUGACUUAUGUCCAGCAGGAUGCCACAGCUCAGCAGGCCUCAUUGCCGGUCCAUAAUCAGGUGUUACCUCCUAUGGAGGGUGUGGAUGGGUCCGAUCCUUUAGCACCUCUGCAGAACCCCAUGGGUAGAUUGGAGGCAAAAGAAGAAGAAGAUGAAGAUGAGGAUGAGGAUGAAGAGGAGGAAGAGGGUGAAGACACAGACAUGGAUGACUGGGAGCCAGAUCCGCCUCGGCCCUUUGACCCUCAUGAUUUAUGGUGUGAAGAGUGCAAUAAUGCACAUUCUUCAGUUUGCCCGAAGCAUGGGCCCUUACAUCCCAUCCCCAAUCGGCCAGUCCUUACCAGAGCAAGAGCCAGUCUGCCUCUGGUACUCUACAUAGACCGAUUCCUAGGAGGAGUGUUUUCUAAAAGACGCAUUCCCAAACGUACCCAGUUUGGUCCUGUGGAGGGGCCCCUUGUCACACAAUCAGAACUGAAAGACUGUUAUAUUCAUCUAAAGGUUUCCCUUGAGAAGGGGGACAGGAAAGACAGGGACAUGCACGAAGACCUGUGGUUUGAGUUGUCUGAUGAAGCACUUUGUAACUGGAUGAUGUUUGUACGUCCAGCACAGAAUCACUUGGAACAGAACCUGGUGGCUUACCAAUACGGUCACCAUGUUUAUUAUACAACGAUAAAGAAUGUAGAACCCAAACAGGAGCUCAAGGUGUGGUAUGCUGCGUCCUAUGCUGAGUUUGUAAACCAGAAGAUCCAUGACAUUUCUGAGGAGGAAAGAAAAGUUCUUAGAGAGCAAGAGAAGAACUGGCCUUGCUAUGAAUGCAAUCGUCGAUUCAUCAGCUCAGAGCAACUUCAGCAACACCUCAAUUCCCAUGAUGAGAAGCUGGACUUCUUUAGCAGAGCAAGAGGCAGAGGCAGGGGGAGAGGCAAGAGGAGGUUUGGCCCAGGACGACGGCCAGGUCGGCCUCCAAAAUUCAUGCGCUUGGAAGUGACCAAUGAAAAUGGCGAAAAGUGUGAGGAAGGAACACAGGACUUGCUGCCUUUCUCCAGCAAGGGGUUGGAAAAGUUUGAUGAGGAUGGACAAGCUCCAUUGAAUGGGCUGGACCAGCAGGAACAGACCCCUGUGCCGAUUCCUCAACUGCCACCUGAAACACAGCCUGCUUUGGAACAUCCGCCAGAAACUCACCCAGUGCACCUGCAGCCCCAACACGAAGAGAACGCAGUGCCUACCCAGAGCACUAUGACGGCCGAUGAUAUGCGCCGAGCCAAACGCAUCCGGAAUGCGGCUCUUCAGCAUCUGUUUAUUAGAAAAUCCUUCCGGCCUUUUAAGUGCUUGCAAUGUGGAAAGGCAUUCCGAGAAAAGGACAAGCUGGAUCAACACCUGCGCUUCCAUGGCCGGGAAGGGAACUGCCCUUUGACCUGUGACAUCUGUAACAAAGGUUUCAUCAGCAGCACCUCCCUGGAGAGCCACAUGAAGUUCCACUCAGAUCAGAAGACUUAUUCUUGCAUCUUCUGUCCAGAAUCCUUUGACCGCUUGGAUUUGCUGAAAGAUCAUGUAGCUAUUCAUAUCAAUGAUGGCUAUUUCACCUGCCCAACGUGUAAGAAGCGCUUUCCAGAUUUCAUUCAGGUGAAGAAACAUGUACGCAGUUUCCACUCAGAAAAGAUUUACCAGUGCACAGAGUGUGACAAGGCCUUCUGCCGUCCUGACAAACUGCGGCUCCACAUGCUCCGACAUUCGGACAGGAAAGAUUUCCUGUGCUCUACCUGUGGAAAGCAGUUUAAGCGAAAAGACAAACUACGGGAGCAUAUGCAAAGGAUGCACAACCCUGAGAGAGAAGCCAAGAAGGCUGAUCGCAUCAGCCGCUCCAAGACCUUCAAGCCUCGAAUUGCCUCCACGGACUAUGACAGCUUCACGUUCAAGUGUCGUUUAUGCAUGAUGGGCUUCCGGAGACGAGGCAUGCUGGUGAACCAUUUAUCAAAGAGGCACCCAGAUAUGAAGAUAGAAGAAGUGCCUGAGUUAACUCUGCCCAUCAUCAAACCCAACCGUGAUUAUUUCUGUCAGUAUUGUGAUAAGGUUUACAAAAGUGCUAGCAAGCGGAAAGCCCACAUCUUGAAGAACCAUCCGGGAGCUGAGCUCCCUCCAAGCAUCCGGAAACUUCGUCCUGCUGGCCCUGGAGAACCAGACCCUAUGCUGAGCACCCAUACUCAGCUGACUGGCACAAUAGCUACUCCUCCUGUCUGCUGCCCCCACUGCUCCAAGCAGUACAGUAGCAAGACCAAGAUGGUACAGCACAUCAGAAAGAAGCAUCCUGAGUUUGCCCAGCUCCCUAAUACAAUACACGCUCCACUAACAACAGCCGUAAUCAGUGCCACCCCUGCCGUUUUAACCACCGAUAGUGCAACUGGGGAGACUGUAGUGACAACAGACCUGCUGACCCAAGCAAUGACAGAACUGUCUCAGACCCUUACAACAGAUUAUCGAACCCCACAGGGGGACUACCAGAGAAUUCAGUAUAUCCCUGUAUCGCAGUCUACAACUGGUCUGCAGCAACCUCAGCAUAUACAGCUUCAGGUGGUGCAAGUAGCCCAGGCCACUUCACCCCAUCAGUCUCAGCAUUCGACAGUGGAUGUUGGUCAGCUCCAUGACCCUCAGACAUAUACCCAACAUGCCAUUCAGGUGCAGCACAUCCAGGUCGCUGAGCCUACCACCCCAGCUCCAUCUUCAUCCCAGGUAGCUGGUCAGCCAUUGAGUCCAUCUGCUCAGCAGUCUCAGCAAGGGCUUAGCCCCUCUCAUAUGCAAGCCAACUCUUCAGCACAAGGGCAGACUCUCCAGCAGCAGCAACAACAGAGUUCCUCAGUUCAGCACACAUAUCUGCCUAAUACCUGGAGCUCCUUCCGUAGCUAUCCAUCUGAGCUCCAAAUGAUGGCCAUUCCUCAGGGUCAGUAUGUGAUUGCAGAGACAGCUGUCACCACUCCUGUUACCACUGUGAAUACUGGCCAAGUGAAAGCAGUUACUCAGACUCAUUUUGUGAUAUCAGAAGGUCAGCCAGAAAUAGAAGAAAAGCAAACCUCUGCCCUCUCCAGUGGAGUCCAGGUGGGCGUUUCACAGCCAUCCACACAUGCUGAUGCCUUGGAGAGCCAAACGACUAACCCACCACAAACCACCCAGUACAUCAUCACGACCACCAACGGGAAUGGAAACAGUGAAGUGCACAUUACUAAAACUUAACCUUUGUCCCUGGAGUUGGAAUCAAGCAGUCCCAUCGUGUCUCCUGACUACCACUUAGCAAAUCUCAAACUUGGAAUUCUUUUUAAUUUAUUAUUUACUCCAGAGUUUUGAAGCUAGGAGUUUUGAAAUUCUUGCUAGGAGGUUGACUUUAUAGCUGCAGUCAUCACAAAAAUGGAUUUAACUCUUAGGACUCCAUAGACAUACUGCCACGUAUGUAACAGGCCAAAUGUUUCAGGGAAGCUGUCCAGAGCAAAGGAGUUUUGCAGCAGGAGAAAAUACAGAAACUUUGGCUUGUUUCUGAGUUGAUUUUGACACACUUGACAAGCCUUACUUUUCCUUUGUGGAAGUACUUAAAUAGCAUAUUUAUUGUAUUCAUACCAAAGGGGGAAAGAACCUGCCACAUUAAUGACUGUUGGCAGAACAUGCCCUGUACCUUCCCAGCAUCGAUGCUACAAGACAAGGGGCAUUUUGCAGACUUGUUAGAGGUCAGAGCUGCUUCAUCUUCUGGUUUCAAGUCCUCUUCGGGCUGUAAACAAGGGAGUCUAGUAAGUAACAAAGAUCAAUUGGUGAAUACCACUGGCUAAUUGGUGGAAGUAUAGAAAGACUUGACAGUAGAGCCUUGAAGGAACUCUUGUUUUAAUUAUUCUCCUGACUGUCUUUUUUCACUUCCCCUUGGAAAACCGUUGGCUUGUUGGUAGUCUUCCACCCAGCCUGGAUUAUCCUGGCUUAGCUGACUGGGUACCAUAGUCUGCCCUGGUGGUACUGAGCCUCUCUUCUACCUAGCAUCAGGACACUUGUCUUAUUGCCGGGAAGGUGGGUUUCCUGCAAAAAUAAAGUCCAGUAGUAGUACUUUAACCCUACAGAAGUGCUUUGCCUUCCAUUCUGCAGUUAUGGUUGUGUCAGGAAGGGAGCAAAGAUAAAGGCAGAAUUGUCAAAAACUGUUGGAUGGUUUUACAGUGAUUUCAGUGCCUUUUCAGUGCCCAUAAGGAUCCAUUUCCUGGUCAUUGGUGAAGGAUGGAUUCUUUCUUUCCUCAAUCCAGCUGUACAAUCAACUAGCUGUUCACAGAAAUGCAUUGCGUUUUCAUCCUUUUUAGUGCUGUCUUAAAACGAACAUUCAUUCAUGAAGGUUGGAGGGAAAGUUGGCCAUCCUAAUUUCCUACACAUUUCACUUUCAAUUUACUGUAAUUCUUUUGGACGUUUUUGUUGAAUGACCAACUUUGGACUCAGGAAAAGUAAAAAAUGUCAGGGGACCACUAGUAAUAAAUACAUUAAGGUAAUCACCAGGAAACAUUUGAUCACCUGAUGUUUGCAUAUAGACUAAACUGUUAUUUUUGACAUGGGAGGAAAAAAUAAAAACAAAACCUGUGUCUUGAUGACAGUUUUUCUUGCAUUUGCUCCUGUUCAGGAGUCUUACUUGGGGUUAAAUAGAAUAUGAUAUUGAUAGGGAGAGUGAUUUUAUUUUAAAAAGUCAUUCCAGGAGUUGUGUGUAUAAAUCUAUUUCUGAAAUCAGAAUGUCUUAGCAGUCCUUUGUGACACAACUACUGACAGAUUUUUGUGAAUAAUUAUCCUUCAGUAGACUCUAUAUUACUUUCCAGAACAGAGAAGUUAUACCUUAAAAUAGAGGUAACUAAAUGAAGUUGCAGUUUGGUCACCCUGUGACUUCCUGGAUAUGUCUGGCACUACAAACUGUUAGAAAACUGAGCAGCUAGUUUGCUUAGGUCAAAUUACUUGGUGCCAAGGAAACCUUCUGGAUGACAGACAAUUUGGUAAAUAUUUUCAAAUAAACUUGCAAAUGUAGAUUUAUACUUACUCAAUAUAAUUAUUCCUGAAAGCUGAGGAUUUGGUAAAUUUGUAAAAAUAGGAAGUCUAGGGUUUCUGAGGGUAUCAGAGGUGCAGUAUUAGUCUUUUCAAAUGGAAAUAUUGGUUAAAUGCCAGUUUUGCACAGUCACAAAAAUUCAGUGAUCACACACACAUGAUUAUGCUGUCUAGCAAGACCAUAUCUGAAGGUUGCAGACUUACUAUAGAUUCAAUUUUAGGUUCUAUAACUGAAGUUUGACCUUUCUGAUCACUUAUUAAUUUUAUUGCAAGCAGAGUAUUGUUUUUCAUCACUUCCCCAUCCCCACCCCCAAACCAAAAGUAGAAAUUUUCAUUGGCUAAAAUUGAAAACCAUCACUGAAUGGUAUGUUCGUUCUAUGCCAGUUUUUUUCUUCUUCAAGUUUUAGAUUACUCAGACAAGGAGGAAAACAUUGUGGAAAGGGUCUUGUCUUUCUUUUACUGAGGUGCUUAUCCUUUUGUGGAAUCACAGAGGAAUUCCAAACUAUUUCGUGUAUUAUUAACAUGUGGUGCAGGUGGCAAUCAAACCAAAUAACAUUCCCUUAAGACCAACUCUUCUGCUUAUUGGUCCAUUCCAGUGGACUUAGUUUUGAGAAGAUGGGAGACAGUAAAAGACCUAGGAGACCCAGUUCAGAAAACCCCUAUACCCAGGAUUUACAUUGUAGCCACUUUCAAACCUUGACACUGUAGGAGCUGCAGUGUGAAAAUUUAAAGGGAGGUUCCAUUGGGAUUUUGGAUUAUUUUCUUUGUUUAUUUAAUUGUGCCCACAUGAAUAAACAUUUUCAUCAUGUAAAAAUACUGCUGACACAUAAAAACUUAGGGUUAGACCUUGUUUGAGUGAUUUUUAAGACCUGGGAUGACCAUGCCAGGUACUCAUCAUAUGCCUCCAAGGACCUAGAGGCUCUUUGCUUAACAGGAUCUUCUUCCAAGAACUGCUAAGACAUCUAGGGCUAAAUGGCAUUUCACAAUAUGCUAAAGCUGACCUACUGGUUGAAAAUAACCCUGUCCUGUUAUUUAAGCGUGAAUGUUUAUUGUACAUUCGGUGAGUUAUAGUGUUAAUAGUCUUGUGCUAUCCAGCAGGUGUAAAAUUAAUAAAUAUUUUC